CGUAAAUAUCGCGGGGCAGGGACAAUAUCUCUAGUGGGCUCGGCGCUCUUCAUCCCAACGAACCGUCUAAGAAUAGCAACCGAAUUCUCAUAGCGACCGACUCGAUAAUACUUGACUCAAGUUGGGACAAGAUUCUUGGAUCCGCUUGGAUAUCUGGAUAUCAGAUAUUUUCACAAUGGGUCAUCUAGCUACGCUCGCGACAUGUUCUUUGAACCAAUGGGUAUGGCACACAAGAAGCAAUGGAGACAGAAAUGCUAAUUCAGUCACGCAGGCUCUAGACUUUGUGGGAAAUCAGGCCAGAAUCAUUGAGUCGAUUCGUCAGGCUAAGGCUAAAGGAGCUUCGUCAGUGGUCCGCAUGUAGAAAACUGACAUAUGGCUCAACUAACUUUACGACAGACUUCGUAUUGGACCUGAGCUUGAGAUCACUGGCUAUGGAUGUCUCGAUCAUUUCUUGGAAAGCGACCUCUGCUUGCAUUCAUGGGAGUCCCUGGCAGAGAUACUUGACAAUGAAGUUUGUAAUGACAUGCUGAUCGAUAUCGGGAUGCCAGUCAAGCAUCGGAAUGUUCUUUAUAAUUGCCGAGUCAUCAGCUACAACAAAAAGAUUGCUUUGAUCAGACCCAAGCUUUCUUUGGCAAAUGAGUAUGUUCAUUCUUGAAAUUUUCCUCAAGUUGAACUACUACUGACGUUAUGAACAGCGGCAAUUAUUAUGAGAUGCGUUAUUUCUCACCUUGGAAAGGUAUGAAGAAGCUUCACUCAUCUCAUCACACAACCGCUUUGCUAAGUUUAAACAGGAGAGAGAAUUGUAGAGGAUUUCUAUCUCCCCCGAUGCAUCACCAAAAUCACUGGUCAGGAUAAAGUCCGAAUCGGAGACGCUCUAAUUUCAACCCGGGAUACUUGCAUGGGGACCGAGACCUGUGAAGAAUUAUUUACACCACGAGCACCAAACAUUGGCGCGGGUCUGGACGGUUGUGAGAUCAUUUCCAAUUCGUCUGGUUCACACCAUGAACUGAGAAAGCUCAAUACCCGUAUUGAUCUUAUCCGUGAAGCGACUCUCAAAUCCGGUGGAAUUUAUUUGUAUAGCAAUCAACAAGGAUGCGAUGGUGACAGAUUGUACUAUGAUGGGUGUGCUAUGAUCAUUAUUAAUGGUCAAGUUGUGGCCCAGGGUAGCCAAUUCUCUUUAGCAGAUGUCGAGGUGGUUGUCGCAACUGUGGAUCUAGAAGAGGUCCGCAGCUAUCGAUUUGCCAAAUCCCGGGCCCUUCAAGCUAUAUAUCAACCAUCAUACGAGCGUGUAGAGAUUCCCAUGAGUCUUUCUAGCGACUCGGAUGAAUUCAAUCCACUGCUUAAGCCAAGUCUUCCUAGAGAAGUUCGAUACCACACCCCAGAUGAAGAAAUCGAGUUGGGUCCAGCGUCAGUUACUUUCCCCUCCAUGGUGAGGACUUUACUGACUUAUGAAUAGUUGUUGGCUUUGGGAUUACUUACGUCGCAGCAAACAAGCUGGUAAAAUAACCCACUUUCUGAGAGUUUGAAGCUCUAAGCUGAUCAUUUUUAGGAUUUUUCAUCCCGCUAUCGGGCGGUAUUGACAGUUGCGCAACGAGUCUCAUUGUAUACUCCAUGUGUCGUCUCGUCUACAAAGAUAUCACCGAGGAUAAGAACAAACAAGUGAUUAAAGAUCUACGCCAGAUUGCCGGAGAACCCUCUACAUCAACUUGGCUGCCGAAGUCCGCGGAAGAAGUUUGCUCCCGUCUUUUUCACUCAGCAUAUAGUAAGUCUGCUCCCAGUUAAAUUGCUAAAGCUCAACAUCCUCCGCACUCAUUAUCGUUAUGUAGUCGGAUGACCCUCUGAAGGGUUCAGAGUAUUUUACUAACGACGUGCAGUGGGAAUGGCAACGAACUCUUCAGCAGAAACUCGUAAACGUGCAAAAGAACUUGCGCAGAGAAUUGGCAGCUAUCACUGCGACUUCGAUAUCGAUUCCGUAGUUACUGCAAUUACAAGCCUCUUUACAAUGGUGACCCGUUUUACCCCACGCUACAAAAUGCACGGUGGCACAAAUGCAACCAAUUUGGCUUUGCAAAAUAUCCAAGCUCGAACCAGAAUGGUUCUUGCAUAUCUAUUCGCACAGCUACUCCCAAGCGUUCGUCUAAGGAAUCAAUCCAAUUCUGAAAACCCAAAUCCAGGAAGUCUGUUAGUUCUUGGCUCGGCUAAUGUGGAUGAGAGUUUGAGAGGAUACCUCACCAAGUACGAUUGUUCUUCGGCAGAUAUUAACCCAAUAGGAGGCAUCUCAAAAACUGAUCUCAAGCGGUUCAUCAUUCAUGCAGCAGAUCAAUUUGAUAUGCCAUCUCUCCAUGAAUUUAUCGAUGCCCCUCCUACAGCAGAGCUGGAACCCAUCACGGAUGAUUAUAUUCAGAGCGAUGAAGCAGACAUGGGAAUGUCAUACGCUGAAUUGAGUGUGUACGGAAAUCUGCGUAAGCGAGAUCACCUAGGCCCUUACGGAAUGUGGUCGAAACUACUGCAUUUUUGGGGUGAUAGACUGUCGCCACAACAGAUCUACGAGAAGGUUCGCUUCUUUCAUUGGUGUUAUGGUAUCAAUCGCCACAAGAUGACUACUCUUACUCCGUCAUACCAUGCUGAGCAGUAUGGACCGGAUGAUAAUAGGUAUGAUAUGCGUCCGUUUCUCUACCCGGUGCUGGAGUGGCCAUGGAGAAAGAUUGAGAAGGUAAUUGCUGGUAUGGGAGAACGAGGAACGAAGGUUCCUGAGCAAGGCGACAAAAGUGAAACGAAGAAGACUUCUUAGAUGGGUUGAAGAAAGAAGGUUGGUCUUGGCUUACUCGAAGACGACUUAUAAACAGAAUCAGAAUCAAGCGUUUUCUGGGCAGCAUGAUGGUUAUGAAAAGAACACCCGCCCACCCGGUUCUCACAAAUUGAUCUACUGCCAUGCUUGAUAGAAGAUCCACGUGGCCUCAAAAAUAACACACAGUUGCGUUUAGAAGUGGUUCCUUUUCGAAAUAGGGUUGCUUGGCGAAUAUUAAAGUACCUCCUAAAAUGCGUUUAUUCUGUUCGACCUACGGAGUACUGUAUGGACAUAUUGUCGCGUACGAGUAUGACUUUGCAACAAAAAACGAUACUUGAGUACCGUGUUCAUUUCACUUUUUAAUAGCUUUUCUCCUUCGAGCCCUUCUUUCUGGGAGCAGAUUCGUCACAACUCUUAGAAGUCAAACUUCUUGGAAAAUCGCACAUUGGACAGUCCCUUAAACAAACAGACCUGUCGAACGGAGGCUACUUCUGCGUUUAGUUUCAAGCGUUCGUUUUUUUCCUGGAAGCCCCCGGCUAUUGUCUUUUGUCAGUCUUUUUUUCCUCCGAGAAAAUCAUCAGAAGUCCUCUCUCCACGUUUUACUUCGGGCUCAAUUCAGAUCGCGCAAAACAAGGUUUUCGAUUGCCCGACAUCUUUAUGCAUGUUUAUAUCAGGCAGCUACUGGUACUACAGUACUGUAUCGUGCUGUGAGCGAAAGGUGAGAAACGACUUCGGAAAGAUCGGCUUAUUCGUAUUCUCGAGACAUUCUUUCAAUCGCGUUACUUUGCAGUAUGUUUUACCGUUCUCUUGCAGACACCUUUGCAUUCGUCUGAACUCUUGCAUGAUCUGCGGUUGAGGCCAUUCACAUACGGGAGCAGGCCGACUUUCGGACGGUUCAUAUGCACGGAAAUCCAUUUUCCCAAAGAUCUCUUGG